GUCCAUUGUCGAGCUCUAAUCACAAGUUCUUGUCGGACUCUGUAGCUCAGUUGGGUUUACUACAAAAACCCUUCCACUCAAUAGAAACAUUACAAUUUGGCACGAAGCGUCCUGCUGUUGUCUAAAAAUAAUAAAAUUAUUUGAAAAUAUAUUUAUAAACAGAGGUAAAAGGUUGCUUGCUCAUUAUACUCAACCGGAAGUCUGUCACUUGCGCGCAUGGCUUUACAAGGAAGAUUGGUAACGAGUGUUUGGCAUUAUAAAAACAUUUUCGAAAUUUUGAAUUUUACAUUUUACAAAUUAAUUAACCGAUGAAGUGCAAUAUAUUUUUCCAUUUCUUGAAUAUUCCAUGUGAUUUAACUUGAGCAGUAUCAGAUUUAAUAUUUCAUGCACAGAAUAACUUUGAUCUGAGGAAAAAAUCGGUUAAAAUCAUCUUGGAAAUUUGGUCAGUUUGGUAUUAUUCUCUGGUAUAUAUUAAAACAUUGGUGUCAUGGCUACAUCAAAUAAAUGGCAAUUUUCUGAAGAGGAAAUCCGUGCAAAGCUAGAAGAGCUUGGUUAUAACAAUAUACCAGAUAAAGCAUUAAAGGAGUUUUCAAAUGGUAUGAAACAGCGGACUAAAAACUAGUGGAAUCUUUGCCUGCCAGAAUUAUUUUUCAAACCAUUUUUGAAUGUAAACAGUAUAUACAGUAUGUUGUCCAAUUUUCGGACAGUACCACUAUUCGGACGAAACAUUUUUAUCGCCAAAUUGUUUUAUGAAGAAUAGCAAACACAUAAAAAUCAAUACGUUCAGAUGAUUGCCCGAUAUGUCCUGAAUCUUGCUCUAUAUUUUCGACGUUUUUGUUGUUGUUUUGUGCAAACGUGAACACUUCGAGUAAAGGUCAGUCGAAAAUAUUUUCUUAAAAAUGGCGUAGUUCACGACAGCGCGAUCAGGCAAGUACACUUCAGUAGAUUGUUUUGUGAAAAUAUACUGCCGAAUCAUUAAUUUUUUCGCUGAAGGGAUGGUUAUAUAAACCGAAAAUUUUACCACAAUAAUAAUUGUUGCUACUGUCAUAAAAUUUAAGAAGUUUCGGACUUUUAAGUGAAGAAACAAUUUUUGAGCAUCUUAUCAAUACUCGGACGAUGGCUUAGAGUUGACAAUCUUAUGACUAAAAUCACGAGUAUAUUUAACAGAAUUAUAUAUUUAAAAUGUUUAAAGAGUGUACAAGUUGUUUAUGUCUUGAUAAACUUUCGUUUUCGAUAAUUUUGUUGACUUUAGUUCAAUGCGAGUUUCGAUAUUAUUAUGUGAAUCUAUCCACCGGGAAUUGUAUAUAUCUUAAAGUGAGCUUUACUUGACUGAAAUUUCAUACUAGAAUAUGGUUCAAAGAAUUAUGACAUUUAUUUCUAUAACAUAAUCAAGCCUUAAAUUCCAGUAUAUAUCAAAAUACAGCUUACCUUCGACAGAAAACCGACUAUUAUUAUAAGUGUCCGAAUAGCGGACCAGCUGUCCGAAAUGUGGUGAUGAAAAUGAAGUACUUGUUUUCGAUAUUACAGAAAAGUAAAGAACUUUAGCGACGUAUCUCUUAGAAUAAUAUAGCCAUGGGAAGUGGUCGUCAUCUGUACAAAUUUGAACCUGCUAAACAUCUUAAAUCGCAAAAUAUAGUGUGAAAACACUUUACUGUCCGAAAAUUGGACAACAUACUGUAUUUAUUUAUAUACGGUACUAUUAAACAUUAGUAUAUGAAUGCUGAUAUCAUAAAUAUUUAUAUUUCUAGACCUUCAUAAACUUAUAUCAUCUGAAAAUGUGAAAGAAACCAUUCAUCAUAGACAUAGUAUAUCAUCAACAUCUAGCACAUUUUACAGUCCAGCCACAACCAGCAGUGAUCAGUCGAUACAUGGAGCAAAUGGUAAGCCAGCUCACUUCCCGUAUAAAUGCAAAAUGAACUUGCUUAAACUGGGCCUGCCUUCUCCGCAGGCCCUUGUUGCAUCAUGGGAAGGUUACGAUCUGGUGAGGCCUCUCGAUAGCGUGACCUUCCCAUGAUGCAACGAGGGCCGGCCUGCGGAGGCAGAAACCGGGCCAGCUAGGAUACCUAGAGCUCCUGAGGCAGCGAGGGAGUUGGGAAUUGGAUUUUUGCCAGAUUGGGUUUCCCUCUCAUAUUGCAAUUUUAUUAUUUAUGCCAGUGGAUGAUGAUCAAAAAAGAGUUACAUACAAGACAGUGGCAUCAUAUAGCGAUGACGAAUCUAGCUUUGAACAGGUAAGAAUUAUUCAAUUAACCCUUUGAAUGCCAGUGCUCCCCCUUGACAAAUCUGGUGAUAGACAGAGUAAAGUAAUAAUUAAGUAUUGGCACAUUAGGGUGCAAUGCAAUUUAAUGGGACCGGUUAACUUUGAAUAUCACAAGAAAAGUCCAAUAACUGAUAUUUGAACAACAGAAACAAUUAACCAAACUGAUUUACAUUUCAGUCUCCAGUGACGCAGCAUCGCAGACCGCACACAUAUGCAUCAGCAGAUAAAGAAAACCAAGCUGAAAGUAGAAAUCCCACGUCAUUGAGAGCAACACAGAAAAGAAAGGUUCUUAGGUGAGGAUAACAGGCCUGAAUAUGAUAGCUGACCUCAGACAAUGUUGUCUUUAUUUAUGAUGAAAACAAUUUGACGAAUCUAUCUACAUAUCAUCGGAUAUAUACUGCUUCUUUUAGCCACUAAAUAAGUUACAAAUUUAUGUUAUUAUUUUUCUUAGAAAAAAGAAUGGUGAAGCACAUGUGUUUGAUGAAUCUUUUAAUCAAGAAAAUGGUAUCUACAGUAUUUAACCACAUAACUCCCUGGGCUUCACAAGUAAAAUGUCAAAAGAAUUUAAAUGCGUUUUGGCAGAUUAUCGGUUGAUAUGUUUGCCUGCGUAUAACAAAGUAGGACACAUUGUCACCGAAAUUAGAUGAUUGUGUAGUCUAUCUAAUGAAUGUUAAUAUUACCACAAUAUCUAGCUUUUUUGUGGCAAUGCGCCCUAUUAGUCUAACACCAGAAAAUAUUACUUGUCAAGGGGAAAGUGCUCACACUCAAUGGAUUAAAUGUCAUUUCUCCCAUUGAAUAUCUUACAAACAGUUUUUACAUAAAUACUGCUUUACAUUCCAGCUACAGAUAUAUCAGAUGUAGAAAAAAGAUUACAAAAGUUGCCUCUAAAAGAUGAUGCAACUGAUUUGGAAAGUAUUGAUGAUGACAUGUCAGAAAGGUCUUCAGUUUUACAACCAUGGGGAAGGAAUAGAAAUGCUUUACCUUCAUGUAUGUUUAAUGUUGUUGUUGUUGCUGUUAAUUAAUAUUCUAUAAGUACAUGCAUACACACAUUGGACAAACCUCACUAUUUGCUAAAAAUGUUAAAUAUAUCAGUCAUUGCUAAUCGGUACACAUUUUGUUUUAGUUAUCAGACCAAGGACAGUAGAUCCACGUUCAAAAGGCAUUCGAAAAACAGACCCAGUUAGCAGGUAAAACUAAAAUCCAUCGUAUUAAUAAUCCCAACUCAAUAUUUUGCAAGGAGUUUUGGUCAGUGAUUGCAUGCAUGUGGGUUGAAGAUAUUCAUGUUAAACGAAUAAGUUGUGCUUUGAUUCACAUCCUCAUCGCUUACAGUACACAAUCAUAUAAUAUCAUGAGUGAAUAAAUGAGAUUAUGCUAUGUUUUCAGAUAUCAUCAAUUCAAACAAGAAUGGUCAUCAAAUAAAGUGCCUGGUGAAAAAAUGCACAAAAGCCUGAGAUGGUCCACUAGGGUAAGAAACUUGUGAAUUUGAAAUCCUAAUGUACUUUGAAUGAAACCAUGAUUACCUUUAUUUUCAACUUAUUUUUCCAGGAACAAAUGUUGCAAUAUGAAUCAUUUGAGGUACAGUAAUAAUUAAUAACAGCACGGUGUAUAUUUUAAUGUCCCACUUAUGUUAUGUAGACAAAUUAACAAAAGAACUGCCUUUCUUUGCUCAAAUUUGUCGACAGCUCAUUGCUCUUGAGUAUAAAUGUGUAGUGUAUAGUUAUAUAUUUCUAUCUGUCACUUUGCAGAAACCUCGACAUACGUAUGUCCCAAACAAUUAUGUUGCACCAACACAGAAAAAAAGACAAGCACUGCGGUGGGAAGUUAGAAGUACACUUGCAAAUUGUUAAGUAUAGAUAAAAAUUUAGAAAUUCCUGAAAUGAAAUUAUUCAUGCAUUGUUUCACUUAGUUAAAUGACUAAUAAAUUGUAUUUUAUUUUUGGCAUUGUUUUUUCAAGUAUUUCAAUAGUAAAAUUAUUACAUUCCCUCCACAUAAUAUAUGAAUAAAACAUGACCGCAUUAUAAUUAGCUGAUCUUUAUUUAUUACACAAGAAAUAUUAUUAAUAAAUAUAUAUUAUAAUUAAUUAAAUAUAUAGUACAGGCCAGUGAAAUAUAUUCUAAAAUCUUUGUAUACUUUAGUAUUUGCAUUCAUUCACAUUGCACAAGAAAUGUGUUGUUUUAUUCUCACUGUCAAACAGUAAAGUGGUUUACCACACCCUAUACAAAUUAUUAAAUAAAACAUACCUCAAUGGUGAAAUUUUAAAUUUUGUCAUACCAUACCACAUUCUCUGAAUAUAAGAACUGUAGCUUUAUACCCUCAUCAUCCUCAAUAAGUGUCAAAGUCUUCAUAUUCAUUGACAUCACCUG